AAAAAAACAGUAGGUAGGUAGUACCUACCAAUGUGCUCUGCAUCACAUUGUAUUUUGGGAGUUUUAUCACGUGUGCAAUUAUUUUGUGAUUUUACAACAAUAAUGAACAGAUACAUAAAGAAGAAACAAAGUAUAGAAACGUAAGAAUUUUUUCCAGUAGGGUUUGAGACAAAUGGAUCAAGAUAUAGGAAUAGAGCAUGCUGCGCAUCGGCCCGUGGAAAAUGCAUGGUCAAUGAAAAUUCCACAGUUUACUCCAGAAGACAAUCCUCAUGGCUUACUGGAAGAAAGUAAGUUUGCAACUUUGUUCCCAAAAUAUAGAGAACAGUACUUAAAAGAAUGUUGGCCAUUGGUGCAAAAAGUAUUAAAAGAACAUCAUAUAGUUGCAGAGUUAGAUCUCAUUGAAGGAAGUUUAACUGUGAAAACAACAAGAAAGACAUGGGAUCCGUAUAUAAUCAUUAAAGCUAGAGAUUUCAUAAAAUUGCUGUCACGAAGUGUGCCGUUUGAGCAAGCUGUUCAAGUUCUAAAAGAUGAGAUUGGUUGUGAUAUCAUAAAAAUAAAUUCUUUUGUUAGAAAGAAAGAAACGUUCUUGAAAAGACGCCAGCGCCUCAUUGGCCCUAAUGGAGUUACACUGAAAUCAAUAGAAUUGUUGACAGAAUGUUAUGUCCUUGUGCAAGGAAAUACUGUAUCUGCUGUAGGCCCUUACAAGGGUCUUGUGCAAGUGCGGCGCAUUGUUGAAGAUACAAUGAAAAACAUUCAUCCCAUGUACAAUAUAAAAAGUUUAAUGAUUAAAAAAGAAUUAAUGAAAGAUCCAAAACUAAGAAAUGAAAAUUGGGAAAGAUUUCUACCAAAGUUUAAGAGCAAAAAUGUUCCAAGAAAACAACCCAAAAUGAAAGUGAAGAAAAAGCCAUACACACCAUUUCCCCCACCUCAGCCUGAGAGCAAAAUUGAUCAGGAACUGGCAACAGGGGAGUAUUUCCUCAAAGAUGAACAAAAGAAAGCAAAGAAACGUUAUGAAAGGGAAGAAAAACAGGCUGAAGUCAAACGUGCACGCAAAGAAGAGAGGGAGAAGGACUUCAUUCCCCCAGAAGAGAAGAUUCCAAAAAAAACAUUAUCGGAAUCUAUUGUUGAUAUAAAACAGUUCAAAGCAAAAAUAAAAAAUCUUUCCAACUCUUUUUAAACGUUUUUAAUACAAUAUAAAUUAUGUAUUUGCCCUUAUUAAAAAAUAAAUUUUAAACUUAUAA